GAGGUGGUGUUGGUCAAGACUCUUCAAACGCUGACAUCAUACUUCGUGGCGUUGCUUCUCUCGAUACCGUUCAGACAAAUUCAUAUUCCGGCACUCACAAAAUGGCCAACGCUCCUCACGGUGGAAUUCUAAAAGACCUUGUCGCCAGAGACGAACCUAUAUCUGCACAACUCGGCGAAGAGGCUUCAAGGCUAUCUGACAUUAUUCUUACUGAGCGACAACUCUGUGAUCUUGAACUUAUCAUCAAUGGAGGUUUCAGCCCAUUGGAGGGUUUCAUGAACGAACAAGACUACAACAGUGUGGUCGAUACUUUACGGUUAGCUGAUGGGACUCUCUUCCCUAUGCCAAUUACACUGGACGCGUCCCGCGAUGACGUCGAGCGACUAUCCAUCACAGCUGGUGCCCGUAUAACUCUUCGUGACCCUCGUGACGACCAAGCAUUGGCAAUCAUCACCGUUGAUGACGUGUAUACUCAUGAUCGAGUAAGAGAAGCUAUCCAGGUCUUUGGUGCAGAUGACCCAGCACAUCCAUCCGUGUCCUAUCUCCGCAACCGUGUCAAGGAAUUCUACAUCGGAGGAAAAGUGCAGGCCAUCCAGGCUCCUACACACUUCGACUACGUCGCCCUACGUUACACUCCCUCUGAGCUGCGCUCUCAUUUCAGGAAACUCGCUUGGCGUAAAGUUGUUGCCUUCCAAACACGAAACCCGAUGCACCGCGCCCAUCGCGAACUCACAGUCCGUGCCGCACGGCAAAGACAAGCUAACGUACUCAUACAUCCUGUUGUCGGUCUCACCAAACCUGGAGACGUCGACCACUACACCCGUGUGCGCGUUUAUGAGGCAAUCAUGGCGAAAUACCCUAAUGGCAUGGGCCAUCUCGCUCUGCUUCCCCUAGCCAUGCGAAUGGCGGGCCCGCGUGAGGCCGUUUGGCAUGCUAUUAUCCGCAAAAACUUCGGAGCUACUCACUUCAUUGUUGGAAGAGAUCAUGCUGGCCCAGGAAAGAACUCGCAAGGCAGAGAUUUUUACGGUCCUUAUGAUGCGCAGGAGCUUGUCGAGAAGUAUAAAGACGAGCUACAGAUUGAAAUGGUACCAUUCCAGCAGAUGACAUACCUCCCUUCAUCAGACGAGUACCAACCCGUCGAUGAGAUUCCAGCUGGUGUACAGACGCUUGAUAUUUCUGGUACAGAAUUGCGCAAACGUCUAAAAACGGGAGCGCCUAUCCCAGAUUGGUUUAGCUACGAUGCCGUUGUAAAGACGCUCCGAGAGAGUUACCCCCCACGACACAAACAAGGCUUUGUUCUCUUCCUCACUGGACUAUACAACUCAGGCAAGGACUCAAUUGCAAAAGCACUCCAGGUAUCCUUGAACGAGCAAGGUGGUCGGAGCGUGUCUCUUCUGCUGGGCGAAACCGUGCGGUCUGACCUUACACCGCAACAUGGUUAUACUUCAGAAGAGCGACACGAACACCUACAGCGCAUCGCAUUCGUUGCGUCCGAACUCACUCGUGCGGGUGCUGCUGUUAUUGCAGCCCCUGUCGCCCCGGAGGAGCGCUCACGAGCGGUUGUACGUGAUACUGUUGUACAGUCUGGUGGUACUGGCGGAAAUUUCUUCUUGAUUCAUGUGGCAACUCCUCUGGACCACUGUGAACAGACGGACAGACGGGGGGUGUAUGCUCAGGCGCGGCAGGGUGAGAUCAAGGGCUUUGUGGGCGUGGACACUGCAUACGAGGCACCAUCCAAGGCGGAUCUUGUAGUUGACGUGACUACACAAAGCAUUCCAGAGAUUGUACACAGUAUUGUGCUGCUCUUAGAGACCAACGCAUUGCUAUGACAAGUUUUAUGACUUUUACUUAGGCGUAUACUGACGCUCAUAGAUAGAUUUUGCAUUUGUAAUGAUAUGUCAAUCAUUUAUUUUGGACUACGAGCACAACCGUUAUACGCGUCACGUCCAGGUGAUGUCUAGCUAGGUACAUUCUGAUGUAAUAGGAUUUUUUUCUCCAAGCCAUGAUGCAUGCUCGUAACUAACUAAAGGCACAACCAUUACCUCGUCUCCAUCUCUCGGCUUGCCCAUAUUACGCCAACACGGUGCACACAGUACGCACGGACUCUCGCCGAGACGCAUAUCACCUACGAUGGAGUAUACUGCAGGCACUCUCGUACAGGCACGGCAAUGAUCGAGGGAAGCAGGUGUUAUUUGCAGUGUCAGAGGAUAUCCUGUUGGUGGAUCGGAAGGAUGGGGUAAUCUUAUUUGAUCUACAAUGACAAAAUGUUCAC